AUUUACAGGAAAAGAAGAAAAUGUCCACCAGUCAAAAACAAACUUGGGCAAAGUACAUUGCUCAUGAAACCCGAACAUGAGUGAGCAUGAGGAGCACGAAGAUGGAGACCCUUUACCUGAAUGUCCACCUAUGGUUUCUCGGGAUCUAAAAAGCAUCCUUGUCACCAGUGUGUUACAGUUAGAGGAGAUCGACGUCGGUCUUUACAGAGGAAAAAACCACUGGAUACCCCUUAGUCGGCGUUUAUUCGGAGGGCAAAUAAUUGGUCAGGCCCUUGUAGCCGCUGCAAAAUCUGUAGGAGAUCAUCUCUAUGCGCAUUCUCUUCAUUGCUACUUUGUACGAGCAGGUGACCCAGACAUCCCGGUGUUGUACAAUGUCGACCGCGUACGGGACGGCCGUAGUUUCUGUGUGCGUUCGGUGAAGGCCAUCCAGCGAGGGGAGCCUAUACUGGUCCUCCAGGCUUCAUUCCACCUGGACCAGCCCAGCCCUCUAAUGCACCAGUUCUCCAUGCCCGAGGUCCCACCGCCAGAGGACCUGCUCUCACUGGAGGACCUCAUUCGCUUUGUCCUCGGAAAACCUGACCUGGAGCAAAAGGUGAAACAGGGAUUCAACAAGGUGUUGGCUAACGAGGUACCCAUUGAAGUCCGGCCCGUCAACCCUUUACAGUUCUCCAGAGAGGUCACCACGGAACCCAAGAGAAUGUUCUGGGUCCGUGCCCGAGGACACAUAGGGGAAGGAAACAUGAAGCUUCACGUCUGCGUGGCCGCCUAUAUUUCAGACUACUCCUUCCUGGGCACCACAAUGAUGUCCUAUCCCGCUAAAAGGGUGAAAAUGAUGGCUUCCUUGGACCACGCCAUGUGGUUCCACAACACCUUCCGCGCUGACGAAUGGAUGCUGUACGAGGUCAAUAGUCCGUGGGCAGGGGGCAGUCGAGGACUUGUCCAGGGACGGCUGUGGAGAAGAGAUGGGGUGUUGGCUGCCUCCUGUUGCCAGGAAGGGCUCAUCCGUUUAACAGCCCCCAAGGACAGGAGCAAACUUUAGGCAUGGGCUCUGUUCGAAUUGGUACACUUGUGCCCUGUAUAGUGCAUUUCUUUUUACUCAGUAACCAAAGUACAAAUAUUGUUCCCGAGCCUUACUGAAACUACACCUGGAAGCCCACCCUGUGAAAUCAAACACAUCUCUGCUUGUUUAUGCGACCAAUACCAUCAUACUGAUGGAUGCUCAGCACAUAAUUAUAGUCAGAAUUCCCGAAUAUUCUUAUUCCAUAAAUGGUGUAAUGUUUAAUGUUCACUUUAUAUUGUGUAGGGAAUGAUGAGUGAAUCGUACCAUUUCAUGUUUCUUGUGUGAUGAGUAUCGUCUGUCAUCUUUUAUUGUCUAAGAUGAUGCAUCCUUGCUCUUUCGAAUUUUGAGUGAUUAUUUUAAUCAGUAAAUUGCACUGCCCUAAAUUAUUUAAUUAAGUUCAAGCAAAAAUAAAUAGUGAAUAAAAUAAACUCAGAAAAGAUG